AUGACAAAAAUGAAAAUACGUUUAGAUGGGUAUCAUGCGAUGGUUGUUUCAAAAUAUUUUCAAACACGUCGUGAUUUUUUCAGCUAUGUUUUGGUAUGUAAAAAAUUUAGAGAUACACUUAUGAAGUAUCACACCAAUCCAAUACCUCUUGGUUUCAACACAAUUAAUUAUUUUGAAAAAAUUGAAACUCUUAACAUUUGGUGUCCUUCUGAUGAAACUUUUGGCAACCAAAUUCCCAUUUGCAAAAGGUCAUAUACCAACAAGAAAAUCGACUUUUUUAAAAUAGUUGUCUGGUUCACCGUUUCAUACAACACAUCUCUAAACACUUUAAAUGGUCUUGUUGUGUAUAAAAAGAUCAAAUUAACUCAAAAUGACGUUUUAAGUAUUUCAAAUCGAAAAUUAGAAACUGAAAUACUGAGAAAUCAACUUUUAAAAGAUAUCAAUUUAAUAUUGACAAAAAUCAAUUCUCUUGAUUCCAAUUGCUUUUGUUCGUGUGAUUUCUUAACUGAAAUUACAUUACCAGAUAACAUCACAUCACUUGGAGGGUUAUGUAUUAGUGGGUGCAAGUCACUCACUAAAAUUACCCUUUCAAAAAAAUUAGAUCGAAUAGACCAAUAUUGCUUUUCUAUGUGUCAGGGUCUAUCAAAAAUUGAUAUUCCAAAUAGCGUAAAACACAUUGAAGAUUACGCUUUUAAUGACAAAUUAAAUGAAGAAGUGAUUGAUGAUGUCAACACAUUUAACAACAGAAGACUAAUGACAGUCAAUUUCCAAAGUCCACUCGCUGUCAUAGAAAAUCACGUUUAUGUCUUCGCGCAAAGUCUCUUUUCUUUUGUUAUAAAUGAUAAAUUUAAGGUGCACAGUGAUGAGAUGAAAACAUUUGAAGUAUCAAAAAAUGUUUGUUUAGAUAUUCCAAGUACUGUUUUAACUAUUGAAAGUCACACUUUUGAAAAUGUAAAACAAUGCUCGAAAAUUAAUUUUGAAAGCGACAUUUUCCAUAUUGGCGAAUUUUCAUUUAAUAAAUUGAUUGAGCCGUUCACUUUUGGCAACUGCAUUUCACUCACAAAAAUUGAAUUGCCAAAAAGUGUUAGAAAAGUCGAAAGCCACGCAUUUGCAGGUUGUGCAAAUCUCGUUGAAAUCAAUUUUUUAGGAUCAAUUGAAACACUUGAAGAAUUCGCGUUCUCAAGAUGUAUAAAAUUGACGAAAUUUAAUGUUUGUGAAUGGAAAGGUUAUAUUGGAAAUGGAUGCUUUUCUAAUUGUGAUAGUUUGAAAGAAUUGAAUAUGCAAGAAGGUGUGACUGAAAUUGGAGAAACAGCUUUUCAAUUAUGCAAGUCACUUUCAAACAUUUUAAUACCACGAAGUGUUACUUCAAUUGGAUUGUUGUGUUUUGAUGGGUGUAUCAGUCUUAAGGAAGUUCGCAUUCCACAAACAACAAAAUUCGUUGCAAGAUACACUUUUUUGAAGAAAACUUUGAUAAUUAAAUAUUAA